ACGCAACGCCCAGCUAUGCAACACUGUAUGUCACGUCGCGCCUAUACUCACUUUUGUUGGCCGACUUCAGGGCUUUCUCAUACUCCCCAUUGGAACCUUGCUUGUUCAACUCGGUGUAAAGCUGCCGGAUGGUCGCUUCCCGGUUUUCAUUCUUGGACAUGGCGAAGGCCGGUCACUGCUCCCACUGAUUCACAGCAAAAUUCGCGGAAAACUCACGGAAAAUCACCUAAAAUCCAAAUCACUCGCGUCGUGCGUGCAGACUCACUUUUCCUCUGCGUCUCGUGUGUUGACAGUUUCGACUGACAACUUGGCACUGGAUUUAGAAACUGGCCUAUAAAAUCCGAAUCUAUAAAUUUCAAUGUUCGAAAAAUGAAAUCGAUGUCAAAAUCAUGACAGCGAGAAACGUCAAAAUCACAUGAUGAUUGUUUUGAUUGCAAUCAAUUGGAAAUUUUCAUCAUCGGAGAAGUAAAAAUUCAACUUCCGAACAAGAAAAUUCCGUCUAAACAUGCCGAAAUCCCGCGAUGAAGUGUGCCAGCUGAUGGACAAACUGCUGCUCCACUCGCUGGAGCUGAUGGAGCAGGAAGUGAGGCUGAAAACUACCAUCGAAGCCGUCACCAACGAUGGUCAGCUGGACCUGGCGCACACUCGGUUCACCAAGGGGGCGCACUCGGUUUCGGCGGUUCAGCUUCCGACCGAGGACUACCGGGAUUUCAGUGCACUGAACUCGCUGACCGAGGAUCGGGACGAGCUGGGACAGGUCCAGUUGUCGCUGGACAACCACCCGGUGGACAAGGAAACGGGUCACAUCGAUCCGAUCAGGUGGUUCGGCAUUCUGAUUCCGGCUACGCUGCAAAGCGCGCGGACCAAGUUUGGACGGGCACUGGAGUACGUGGUUGAGUGCGGCAACGUUCAGAUUCAGCUGAGGAAUGUUCUGCUGAACUACGGUGCGCUGAAGCGACUGAAGGCGGAGUUGUGAUAGAGCUGAGAGGAUGCUGGAUAUAUCUUAUGAAUAUGUAACGUAUUUUUAAGUCGUUUAGUUUAAAGAUAAUUGAUUAAAUUUUGUUUCAUAUCGUUCCAAAUAAAUUUGUGCCUUUCAUUUACACA